AUGAAUACAGUUUCAUUUAGGUUGUACUGUCAAAAAGCAUGCUCCCACAAAUCGCCACAGAGACCAUCGUCAAACGGCGACGGUAAUAUUCCACUCACCACGCUGUUGACGGUACUUGUCUACACGUCACGACGGCGACCAACUGAAAACUGCGACGGCGCGCCAUCGUGGUGGUGGAAGAGGGAGCCUUAUCCUGAAGCAACGGCAAAGACCCAGAGGCAGGGCCAGCUUCUUCACAGUCGCGGAGCUCACUCUCGAAUGUGUUUGUCUUCUUCUUCUUCGUUGUCGAUCAAUCUGCAGCAGCAGCAGCAUUGUAGUUUCUCUUCCUCGCUAAUCCUACUUCAAUUGUGCUCUCUUGGGGAGUUGCGUACAAUUUCUCAAGCCAUGGCCUGCGUCGCUGAUGUGGGUCGCGCUGUGGCCUGCGUCUCCGCGUCUUCCCUCUCCGCCUGCACUGCCCACACUGCCGCUUCUUCCCGAGUCGCAUCAGUUUCCGUGUCGCCGUUCUUCUGCCCUGGAUUGAAAUCGCUGUCCGCGUCGGUCCCUCAAGCGCGCAGAGCUGUCCGACAUGGAGUGCCGCUGGUCGUGGACAUGGCGAAGCGCGAGGAGGAGCUUGUGGCUAUUCGGAAGAUGAGCGACGAGGACAUCAACCAGACCGUUGUGGACUUGAAGGGAGAGCUCUUCUUGUUGCGGACCAAGCAGGCCACCCGGCAGGAGUACAAGAGCAGCGAGUUUCGUCGCAUUCACAAAAACAUUGCGAGGAUGUUAACUGUGAAGCGGGAGAGGGAAAUCGAAAGAGGAGUUGGACUUCGGGAGUCAAGGAAGCUUGACAGGGAAUGGAAGAGGAGCAUUGUCAUUAGGCCUCCUCCAUCGUACGCUGCAAGCUUAGCCGAACAAGAGAAGAAGUAAGUUUCCAUAUUAGUUGACAUAAAUUUACCAUGUGUGGUGAUCAGAAACGAUGGGGCUAUUUUGCAGCCGACUCAAUUCGGUACAGCCUGUAAGCUCUGAUAGCUUGCCAUUACUAGGAAAUGAUUAACCUGCUUAUUAAAAUUAGCUUAUGAUCGUGAUAACUCAGAUCUUCUUUCCCUUUUUUGUAUCCAAACCGAUGAUUCGUUACCGUGUGAAAAACAUCUCUGAAUUCGUUUA